CCCGAUAGUCAACUGCCAGAUUCUGUUCAUGCCGGACGCGCUUUUCAAGCACGAAAAAAGUGGUUUGGAUUCUCACGAACGCAAAUAUACAUAUAGAAUUGUACAUGCUGCAGAUGUAUGCAUACUUUUCUAUAUAAAUAAACGGCUAUACACCAAAAUAGGCUCGGUAUUUUGUCUUUAGUGAAUAAUGCUUAAGACGCUGAUCAUUUGAAAACUGGGCUUCCGGCAAAAUGACAACUGUGCAUUUACCUAUUCCUGUUGGUUCACUUUCUAGUGAAAAUCGUGGGAAUCCGGAAUCGGAUGACACAGAAAAUAUACCUUACCAUGCACGUGAAAAUGCUCAACCCUUUACGUAUGGAAACGUGCCUGUGGGAUUCAAUGCCAGCGACUUAAGCCAUGUUCCUUCUGGGAACGUUUUUGAAACACCGAGUGCAAAGCGAGCACAAAUCACAUACCCAAGCAGUCCCUCAAGCACUCGCAAGAGCACAAGACCCGGAAUAUCGCCUUCUCACCCUGUGCUAAGAAAGACGCCGUCGCGACAAGAGUUUGAAGAAAUGUUGAUGGAACGAAAAGAAAAAUCUUUGCGAGAACAAAAUAAUGCUGCAACGCAUCUGGCCCAAAAAGCAUCAAUACAAAAAGAUUUCGAUGAGCUGCAUGAGAAGCUCAAUAAGACCAUUCUUUCUACGCAAGAAAUAAAUGGAUCUAAACACCAAAAAUACAUGGACUUCACAUAUGCAAAACAAGCCGCCUUAUGCACUUCUCCGAGCUCAGAAAAUGUUGAUCCCACUCACCUUGUGGUGGAAAAGAAACGUCCGGAGACGCCAACAUUUCCGGUUGCUCAGCAGUUGGCCAACAGUGAUCGAUGCGUCAGUCCGUACCCACCAGGAACUGCAAAAUGCGUAACACCUGAAGAGCACGGUUGGGCAGCGCAACCUAGUGUUACUCAGGAUGUGGAACCACAUUUGGUGAAGUUUGCCAAGGAUUCAUCACAAUUUUGGUACAAGCCACAUAUGACACGGGAAGAGGCUGUGCAGCUACUACGUACAGCACAGGCCGGCACAUUUAUCAUACGAAAUUCGACCACGUAUCGUGAUGCAUAUGGGCUUGUGUUGCGGGUCGCGAAAGCUCCACCAUGUGUACCUAGUACGAGCAUAUCAGGAAACGGCUAUGAGUUGGUACGCCACUUUCUCCUGGAGCCUACGAAUCGAGGCAUUCGUCUUAAGGGAUGCGCCAACGAACCCAUAUUUACGUCCCUAUCAGCCUUUGUCUAUCAGCACUCUAUUAAUAAAUUAGCGCUGCCAUGCACUCUCAUAAUACCAGAUCAGGAUCUGCUGCUUUAUUCUCGCGACAAUGAACUUAUAUGCAGACAGAAGCAGGUUCUUGCACAGGGCGCUGCAUGCAACGUGCUUUACUUAUACCAGUGUGAUACGGAAUCGCUCACUGGGCUCGAGGCCGUUCGUAAGUCCGUUCACCAGAUGUACUUGGAUGCAAAAUAUUCCCUUCCAAUAGAAGUACAUUUAAAAAUAUCGCAGGAAGGCAUUACAUUGACCGACAACACCCGCAAAACUUUCUUCCGCCGGCAUUAUGCAGCGCAGAAUAUUUCUCACUUCAGCAUGGACCCAAAUCAACGAUUUUGGAGUGUCAAGGCAAGCGACGAAGGAUUGCAGCGAUCCGUUAACAAGUCAAUAUUUGCAUUCGUAGCACGUCCGCUGACUGGUACUAAGGACAACCAAUGCCACAUUUUUUGCGAUUUAGCCUCCUCGCAACCAGCUUCAGCAAUUGUAUCAUUUGCCAAUAAAGUACUUCCAUUGAGUAAAUCAUCCUGUAACAUGCUAUAAGAAAAGUAAUGUCAUUCUUAUACUUGUUUUUACCGACACAUUUUGUAUUUAUUUUAAAAAUAAACUGAAGAGCUAACCUAGCU